AACCAACUUGUAAACAUUGACGUACUUGCAGGUCUUUUGUUUGUUUUCGUGCGUAGCUCCGGUAAACUCGCCCUUUGUCUUUAGAAAGCCGCUCCUCGGGCUUUAGUCUUCGUGUGGUCCCACUCGGUGAUGCGGCUCCUCUCCCGGACAGCAGCGAUGAGCGGCAGAGGUCUGUCCGCCCUGCGGCGCCUCCUCUGCGGCUACAGCAGCUCCAGGAGCGCCGCCUCCUAUAUCCAGGGCCAGAGUCCCGAAACUCGGAUCAGAGAAUACUUCUACUACAUCGACCACCAGGGACAGCUCUUCCUCGAUGACACCAAAGUGAAGAACUUUGUCACCUGCUUUAAAGAUAAGCAGUUCCUCACCUUCUUCUUCACUCAUCUGCGUUUGAACCAGAGCGGGCGCUACGAGGAGGACUUCCCCUUCCUGUCCCUGUGCGGGCGAGAGAGAAACUUCCUGCGUUGUGAUGACCGACCUGUCGUCUUCACCCAUAUGCUGCCGAGCCGCGCGGAGCUGCAGCAGGGAACCGCGGCAGAUCAGGAGCUGCUGUCAUACUGCGGCGGAGGAGACAAGCUGUCCGUCCCGUUCUGCCCCGAGACGCUUUACAUGCAUCCUGCCAGUGGGCGGGUUUACCAUCCCUGUUCAGAGAGCGCAGGGGGCGUCGGUCUGGUGAGAUCGGCUCUCGCCAUCGAGCUCAGCCCUUUUUUUGUUUAUGAAAAGGAUCAGAGCCAAUCAGGACAGCCGACACAUUUUCUGUGGGGAGGGCAGCGGCACACGCUGACCAAUGAGCUCACACGAUGCUUCCACCAUGUGGAGGAGGUCGGCAGGAAGGAGUGGCCAUAAGAGGAAAAAGCUACCCUUUAAUUUAAAAACAAUUUAAUCCUUUACAACAAACCUGAUGGACAGUUUUUUUUUGGGGGGGGGCUACAGUGUCUCCAUGUGUCGGUCAGACGUCCAC